AUGCCGAAAAAGCCGAAAACAGUUUCACAACUUGUUGUGGACCAACAACUUUCCGAUAAAGAAAGAGAACGUGGAAAUGAACAAUAUAAACAACACCAAUUUGAUGAAGCCAUUCAAUCAUAUUCAAAUGCUAUUUUACUCGAUUCAAAAAAUGUUUUAAACCUCACCAAUCGGGCUCAAGUUUUUUACAAGACACAACAAUAUCGGAAUGCCAUCAAUGAUUCUGAAACUGCCCAGAAAUUAGAUCCCAAAUGGUGGAAAUCAUAUCAUAUCAAGGCUGCUUCAUUGGCUGCUCUGAAAGAAUAUGAUGAGGCCAAACGAUGUUGUGAGCAAGGCUUAUCAGCAUUGAAAAAUGUUUCAAGCAAUGAUCAUCAUGAUGAACCACAAGUAGUAUCCACUCGUUCUUCGUCCAAAUCUGAAGAAGGAAUUCAAAUGAUUUCUAAAUUGAAAAAUCAAAUUGAAUUGAUGAAAGAAAAAGGAGAAGAAAAAGCAUCCACGAGUAAGGCCAAAGAGAUGGAGCAGCUCAAAAAGGUGAUGGAUACAUAUACUCUUCCUCAACUCUUUCAAGCCAUCAAAAGGAAUGAUUUUGAUGAUGUUUUGAAAUGUAUUACAGAACUUGGUUAUUCUGUAAAUAUGGCUUUAAAUUUUGAAUUUGGAUUUGGUUCUUCCUCCACUCCAUUGCAUUAUUGUGUAUUGAAAGGAACUCCUGAAAUGCUUCGUUAUUUACUUGAGAAUGGUGCAGAUUGGAAAGCAAAGACUGCUCAACCAUUUGGGUUCACUGUUCUUCAUUUGUGUUGUUUCUUUAACAUCACAGAUAUGUGUCAAGCGAUAUUUCAAUAUAUUGACAAGUGUUAUGAAAAAGAGCCUGAGAAAACGUCACAAGCACUGAAAGAACUAUUUCUUUCAAAAAACAUCAUGACACCACCACCCACUCUGUCUGCAGCUAACAGAGAUUCAGUUGAAUGUUUGGAAAUCAUAUUCGACUCAAUUUUAGUCAAAAAGAACAUUCUUUCAAUGGAUACUUUACUUUCCAGCACUGUAUUAUGUGGAAGAAACAUUUUACACACCGCAGCUGACAGAGGCUCCUUGUCAGUGGUCAAAUAUCUGGCAAGGAAUUUCAAGAAUUAUUUGAAAGUCGAUGCGCAAGAUAAUGAUGGGAAAACUGCUAUUCAUUGCGCAUGUCAUGGAAACCAUACGAUUGUACAACAGGUCCAAGGCACCAAUACAAUAUCCAAGGCACCAUGUGAUCAUUCGGACCAACAUUGUGUUCAUGCUCAGAUUAUUGAAAUUCUCGUGAAAGAUUUAGGAGCAAACAUGUUCUUGGAAACGAACGAAAAAUUAACACCUCUUGCUCUCUCAGUUUACUAUGGACAUUAUCAAUGUACUCAAACAUUGAUCGAUCUUGGAUCCCUAUCCAAGAAAAAUCAGAAAAUUCAUGAAAAACUGAACUCAUUAACGGACAUGGCUUGCUCUGGGGGAUAUGACGAUUGUUUAAGAGUGUUGUUGGCAAAUAAUGUUAAACCUGUUCCUGAAAGCAUCAAUUUAGCAAUUGCUUCAGGUUAUAUUCAAUGUGUGAAGCUACUAUUAGAGUGCAGUGAUUUCGACAUUAACCAAACAGCUGCCAUUCAAUCCCACCGAGUCACUCCUCUGUUGACAGCAUGUCUGUCUGGACAAGCAGAGAUUGUCCAGCUUUUACUCAAUCAUCCCAAACAAAAAAUUGAUGUCAAUAGAGCACUACCUAAAUUUCCUCUUCCACUACAUUUAGCUUGUAUGAAAGGUCAUGCAAAUGUAGUUGAAGUUUUACUUUCUAAUGGAGCCGAUCCUACAUUAUUGGACUAUAAGGGAGACAGUGUUUUUGUGAGUGCUGCUUCCAGUGGAGACGCACGAAUUAUUCAUUUAUUAUUUGACCAUUUGGAUAAGAAAUGUAAAACCAGUGAAGAAAAACAGAAACAAAGAAUCAUUGGACUUCUCUUAAACAUCAAGACCCAACUAUUCGCUGCCACAUGGUUUGAUAUUGCCAGAAAUAAUGACCAUGUGGAAAUAUUGAAGGCAUUACAACAACGAUGCAAAUCGUAUGGUAUUGACUUUGAUUUACCAGAAAAAAAGGAAAAAAAGGUGCAAAAAGCAACAGAAACGAAAAGAAGUGCCAAGACAGUAGAAAAGAAAGUGAAAAAACAGCCAUUAGAGAAAUCAUCUUCAACGGUGAAAUCUAAGAUUGUCGGAGUUACCAAUGAUAAUAAUAGGGAAGCCGUUUCACAAAUGUGGCAAGGUCUUCCAGAAGAAACUUUUAUUCAAGAGAUGAGAAAUAUUACUGCCACUGUCAGAGAGAAAUUGUUGAAAAAUCUUUCAAUUGAAGCCCAAUGCAAAACAAUGGUCGAUAUUAGCACCUAUCCAUCUCAAACUAUUCGAUUACUUCGAAACGAUAUUGAAGAAGAUUGGAUUGGAUUUUUACAAUAUCAAAAUAUUUCAGAAGAGAACUUGUCAUUCGUUGCCUUAUUUCUAUCAAAUAUUUCUAAUCAAUUUGAUGAUGACAAAAAAAAGAAAUAUGCCUCAUCAAAAGGACUUGAAGCAGCUCUUGAUAGAAUGUUAUUUAGGCAUAAUAGGAAUUAUCUAAUACUGGAUAGCACAGUUGGAUUGCUCCAAAAUUUAUUUGACGAAGAUUUUUGGACUCGUGUGAUGACAUUUCAAUCAUAUAGCUUUGGAAGUAUUGUGAAUACAACGUUGUCAUGCUUAUUACGCCAACAUCGUCAAUCAACGUUGACAGGAUGCACUCUCUUGUUAAAUUUCUAUCGUGCAUUUGAAAAAGAGCAUGAAGACAAUAUAUUUGUGACAACAAAAUUAUGCAAUGUUGGAGGUUUAGAGUCGAUUAUGGAACUGAUCAAAACAGAUCUGUCAAAAACUCAACAAUUUGACUCUACAAUUAUUUGCAAUGCGUUGGAAAUUAUGUCAAUUGUGGCAUGGAAUCGUCCUAAGGAUGUUCUUAAAAGCGAUGGAAUACGUAUUGCGUUAAAUUUCUUGCCAAGUCCUUCUCAGGAUGUAAAAGGACUGGCUUUGAAUGUGAUCUAUGCCGUGAUUCAAGGUUUAGAAAUUUCUGAUCGAAAAUCUACUGAAGACAAGCAUCAAAUUAUUUUAACAAUGAUUGCUAUUUUGAGAAGUUACAAGAAUGAACAAUGCUCCAAUUGUAAUAUGGCCGUCAGAAUUCUAGAGCUAUUUCUCUAUUCCAAAGAGUUCAAGGUCAAGCUUUCCCAAAACGAGGUGGAAGAAAUUUUAACACUACUUGCUCAAUCUCUCCAACACUUUAUUCCUGAAAGUUGCAACUUGACCGAGUAUCAAACCAUCCUUUUGCAACACUCAAGCAUUUUACUUUCAACGCUUUGCAAUUCAGAGUCACUGGUCAACCUAGUGUUGCAACACACCACACAGGGACUUGUCUAUUUCUUGAGAAUGGUUAUGGCCAGUCCAGUACAAGCUCAGGCUAAUCUUAUUAACGCCAUUUCAGUGUUUUUCAAAUAUUCUGAAAUGUGUCUAGAAGCCAAGAUUGUUUCCUCACUAGAAUAUUUGAAAUUUUUCGACUUUAUUUUGAAGGAGGCACAAGGUUCGAAUCCAUUCCUUAUUCGUAAUUGUGCAUGUGCUGUUGCUAUCAUUUCAAGAAGAAUGGGUCUAUUAGGAAAUGAUCGAACUGUGAAAUCAGAUGAUAACGAACCAAUUUUUGUUGAUAUUAAUGGUCCUCAGCAGACACCAAAAGUAAUCACUGACAGAUGUCAAUAUUGUGCCACUUAUGGAGCGAAAUCGAGAUGUGGUGGAUGUCGUAAAGUCUGUUAUUGCUCCAUGGAAUGUCAACGUGCAGAUUGGUCAUUACACAAAAGUAGUUGUCACAAAUAA